ACUGAUUAACAAAACAUUCAAAAUGUUUUCAAAGAUUUUUGCUUUCACUGUCAUUGUGGCCACCGCCGUUGCUGUUCCAAUCGAACAUGAAGCCACCUCAUACUCAAGCUAUAACCAAAACUACAACAACGUCCAACAUAUCCAGGCUUCACCCGCUUUUGCAAAACUAACUCAAGCUUACUCCGCUCCAGCGUAUUCUAAGUCUGCUUAUGCAAAACUGGCGUUACCUGUUGCUCCCGUUGUUUCAUAUGCUGCCCCAGUAGCCAAAGUUGUUGCCCCAAUCACUAAAGUUACCGCCCCUGCGCCUCACUACGCAUCGGCUCCAGCUUACAAGGAAGAAUACGCACCAGCUCAAUACGAAUUCGCGUAUGGAAUCCAAGAUGCCCACACUGGUGACUUCCACUCCCAACAGGAACAACGUGAUGGUGACCACGUGGUGGGACAGUACUCUCUUCAUGAAGCUGAUGGAACCGUACGCGUAGUCAAGUAUUCCGAUGAUGGGCAUGGCUUCAACGCAAUCGUAGAAAGAUCGGGAAGCCCCACUGAGGCUCCAGUAGCGUACAAGAAGCUUGUAGUACCCGUAGCAAAAGCUUUAGUGGCCGCUCCACAGUACCACCAUUAA